AUGGGGGACAAUGGCAAGCUACGGGCAGCUCACUUGCUCGUCAAGUUCAGUGGAAGCCGUAACCCCGUUUCCCGCAGGACUGGAAAGAGCACCGCGAAUAUCUCGUACGACGCGGCACUUGCCGAACUGAAGCAGUGGGCAAAGAAGAUAUCAGAUGGCCAGAUGACCUUCGAGGAUGCGGCACGUCAGCGCAGCGACUGCGGCAGCUAUAGCAGCGGCGGUGACUUGAAUUACUUCGGCCCCGGUGAGAUGAUGAAGCCCUUUGAGGACGCAGUUCGUUCGUUGCGGAUCGGCGAGGUUAGCGGGGUGGUGCAGACGGACAGCGGCCUGCACAUUAUCAAGCGACUUGCGUAG